AUGAUCAACGUCGACCCACCAACUGGAAACUUCCCGGCUUCUGGAGGAAACUCGACACACAACAUCGUCUCCGAAUCGGAUUCUCGUUUGGCUUUCAAAGUGAAAUCAUCCAACAAUGACCACUACCGCGUGCGCCCAGUUUACGGAUUCAUUGAUGCCAAAGGAAAGGCCAAGUUGGACAUCAAUCGCCUUCCGGGACCAGCCAAAGAGGACAAAAUUGUGAUCCAAUACGCAGAAGUGCCAGCUGAGGAAACCGAUGCAACGGCUCCAUUCAAGGCUGGAGCACAACAAGGAGAAAUCAUUGUGAAGAUCGUAGCCGCCUAA